GUUCGGAACUCCUCGUCCAACUAGUUGGACAAGUUGGACAAGAUGUUUUGACCGUUCGGAACCCCUACUUUCUCGUCCUGGACAAGUUGUCCAUCUCGUCCAACUCGCCCUGGUUCGCAGCGGGGCAACCAAGACGAGAUGACGUCACAAAGGCGUUUGUUUACAAACAGAGAUAAUGGCAGUCGUCUAGAAAAUUGUGUGUUCAAAGAUCACGAUAAUAAUUAUUGGCUGGAUGCAGAUGGUUCAGUGCCAUUCCCAGAAAAUUCGGUGGUGUACCGUAGAAGCACCGAUUUUCCUGGGAGGUAUUUUGCAGACCAGGAGUUAACAGUGGAAUGGGCUCUCGAGUGGCUACCACGAACAGUUGAAGUAUACCCUCGCAGGGUACUUGGGAAACCAGUCUUUGCCUAUCAGAACUUUCCUGCUGUCUCCUCCGCAACCACAUCGCCUUCUCUUGCUGCCAUGUCACCCACUCCAUCAGGUCUUCCUCCAAAGCGACAUGCUCUUCCUACUUGCAUAAAUCCAGUUCUUCCCUCAACAUCUGCUACACCAUCUUCCUUGGUAUCUACACCAAUUACUUCCCCAGAGCGGGUUGUUGGUGUAGAACCAAGUGAAAUCGAGGAAGCCGAGGGUUUCACUAAAAAUGAAACCAAAUUUUUUAUAAAUCUUAUGCAGGAAUAUCUGCAAAAGAAUUAUAAUCCAUUGCCGUUCUCGAUAGCAGAGUUGCAGAGUUGAGUUGGAAAGGAUUAAUUUAACAAAAGGGAAGAAAAGGUUGCUUUAGCAGGAAUUGGCCCAGAGGAUGACGGUGAUUUUUGGGAAGAGAUUCCAUCCUGAGAAACUUCAGCGUAAUUGGAAGGGUCUACAGGAUGACUAAGAAGGCAAAAGCCAAUAAUGAAAUGUCUGGGAGAGCUCCCAGUAAAUUUCAGAUUUUUGAGGAGAUGAAGUAACUGAUAGGGGGUCAGCAUGAUAUUGACUUUCCAGUUACAGCCACAGCCAAGGGGAUUCACAUUCAUCGACCAGAUGAAUUGGAUGAAGAAGACCUUGAUGACCCUGACCCUGUGGCUAGUGCUGACCCUGUGGCUGAUCCCAUACCUGGACCCUCACACUUGGAAGUGCCACCACCGGCACGGAGACAAAGGAAGAGGCGACAGGCCAAGGAGAGUGAGACGGUAGUCUUUUUGAGGGAGAGUGACCAGCGUCACUAUGAAAUUAUGAGAGAAGUUUUAGAUGAAAUUAUGAGAGAAGUUUUAGAGCUCAUGAAGAGGAUGCGAGAGGAAGUUGUGGAUGUGCUCUCUGAAAUAGUUAAGAAGAUGUGAUAUAUUUUCAGUAACCUUUUUUUAUGAUUAUUUUUUUCCUAACAAGCCUUUCUUUUUAUUCAGAGUUUAAUUUUGUUUUAUUAUUAUUAUCAUUAUUUUUAUUAUUAUUAUUAUUUUAUAUUAGGUGUAAUUAAUUGCUUUACAUUUCAUUGUUCAUUUAUUUUGGGGGGGCUUUAGCAGAGCUUUCUUGUUAAUUAUUUUGUUUUUAUUCUGAAAGCCAGUUUAUUUGUUUUAUGUUAUUUUCAAAACUAGAGGUUUGUUGCUUAUUUCUUCAAAGCCAAAGUUAAAGUUCCUUUUUUCUUAUUUUGAUUUUUUUAAAGAUUUUUUUUGUACUUUCUAAAGCUAAAAUUUAAUUUUCCAUUUUGUUGUUUUCAUAUCAAUAGAUUGUUCCCUUUUUGGUUCAUUUUAAAGUUCAAGUUUAUUUUUUAUACUGAAAGCCAAAGUUUGUUUCCUUUGUGUUAAUUUCAAAGCCAAAGACUGUUUUCUUUUUGUGAAUUUCAAAACCAAAGCUUGUUUCCUUUGUGUUAAUUUCAAAGCAAAAAAUUGUUUCUUUUGUGUUUAUUUCAAAGCCAAAGAUUGUUUCCUUUGUGUUAAUUUCAAAGCCAAAGAUUAGAUUUCAGUAUAACAAAAAGAAAACAAAGUGUUUCUAUAUCUUUAUUUUCAACGCCAAAGUGUUUGUCCCCUCUUUGUCAUAAAAUACAAUAAUUUUUUUUUAUUUUACUUUUACAUGUAUACAUACAGUAACAAGGACGCUUUCUAUUUUGGAACAAUAGCAUAAUUCCUAUUUCAUAUACAUAGUGCAUAUAUUUUUUUUCUUUAUUAAGGGAUUGAUUUAUGUUCAUGUUAAAAAUCACAUACUUAUUUUGAAUUAAAGAUAAGACUUUUCUGUGAUAAUGAAACAUUGAGUGAAUUAUUUAUUUUAUUUUUGUACAAACAAUGUAAUAUCAUAUUAAAGAAAGAGCCUGAUUUUUUUUUUUUUUUUUUUUUUUUUUUUUUUUUUUUUUUUUAUUUUGUAAGUUUGUAUCAAAUAUGUUGAAAUAUUUUGUCUGUUUACAAUUCAUUAAGUAAUGGAAUUGAGAUUCUGUGAUAACUGGUGCUUAAUAUAUAUUCCCAGGUUGUUCUGUGAUAGUAAGAUAAUGCAAUUGUUACAUAAGGAAUGUAUAUUUACAAUGAAAGAUAAUAUUAUAGAAAUGUAUAUACACACAAUAAAAUAUUUGAGAUUCUGUCAUAACUGGUGCUCAAGAUAAAAUGUA